AUGCCGUCGCGCGUCAAUGGCUCUCAUCCUCCUCAUAUGCUCUCAAUUGUCAACGAACAUCGUCAAUUACUACCUGGGCCACGGUUACUGCACGAGCUGAUAGCGACAUCCUCUGAUAAUCUCAUUCUAGACUUCCUACUGGCGGACAAUGGACGCGUUAUUCUUACCUACGACGAGUUCCAUCGCCUCACGGACCUCCUGUCUCGGGAUAUCCAAGAGUAUAUCUCGCCCAAAGGGGAUAGAAGAAGCAUCAUUCCUGUCAUCAUCCCUCAGUCUCCAGAAUUAUACGUGGCAUUGGUGGCAGUAUUGAAGUCUGGCUCUGCCUUCUGCCCUGUCAGCCAAGAUGUACCUCCGGAGAGACUGAAAUUUAUUCUCCAAGAUACGCAGUCAACCUUCGUGCUGGCGACCACCACCACAAGGGCUACUUUUGAGGAUGCACUGUCAACCGUCCAAUGCAAGACUGUAUCUUUGGAAGCACUCGAACGGACAUCGCGUUCGGCGCAGGCAGAGGAUGACCGUCCUCAAAGCCAUGAGUGCAUCACACCUUCCAGUCCAGCGUAUGUCAUGUACACUUCAGGUUCUACAGGACUUCCCAAGGGUGUUGUAGUAUCGCACUUGUCAGUGUCACAGUCAUUGCUUGCGCAUGACGAGCAUAUCCCUUUCUUUAAACGCUUUUUACAAUUUGCUUCACCAACGUUCGACGUCUCUAUAUUUGAGAUAUUCUUUCCAUUUUUCCGGGGAGCGACACUAGUGGGUUGCGACCGUGAGCGAAUGCUUACUGAUUUACCUGCCGCUAUCCAAGUCUUGGAUGCGGACGCUGCGGAACUCACCCCCACGGUCGCGGGGACGUUAUUGAGAACCAGAAAGGCUGCCCCUUGCUUAAAGACGCUACUGACAAUUGGGGAAAUGCUCACAGCUCAAGUCGUUUCCGAAUUCGGAGGAAGCACAGAUAAGGCGAGCAUGCUGUAUGCUAUGUAUGGUCCUACGGAGGCGGCGAUCCAUUGUACUGUGGCACCCCAGCUAGCGGCUGAUGCAUCGGUACGCAGGAUUGGGAGACCGCUGUCCACGGUCACAGCUUUUAUCCUCAAGGAAGGCGAAGCGUUUGAAAUCGCACCAGUCGGCGAGCCCGGGGAGCUGGCGAUUGCAGGUCAGCUUGCUGAUGGAUACCUGAAUCGGCCGGAGCAGAACCAAGCUGCGUUUGUUGAACUUGAUGGCUACGGGCCAAUCUACAAAACCGGAGAUCGAGCAAUUUGCCGUCCUGAUGGGGAGCUUGAGAUCCUGGGACGCAUGACCUCCGGCCAAGUCAAACUCCGAGGCCAAAGGGUUGAACUGGGAGAAAUUGAAGAAAUUGCCUCGAAGACUGAUGGUGUUCACCUUGCCAUUGCAGGCGUCAUUGACGACGUCCUCGUCCUUUUUUGCGCUGCAGAUCAUAAUGUCAAGGUCUCCAAUGUCUCCGACCAAUGCAAGGCAUGGUUACCACCCUACAUGCGUCCAGGCGAGAUUGUGCUGCUCGACGACAAUGUGCCUCGACUACCUUCUGGGAAGAUUGACCGCAAAGCACUUGAACGAAACUAUCGAGAACGCCGGGUGUCAAUCAGCCACGAAACCUCUUUUAAGAACUCGGUAGAGGAGAAUGUAGGCCGAGUAUUGAGCGAUGAGCUGAGAUGCCCAGUUGACAGGCUGACCUCGUUCUGGUCAUUGGGCGUUGAUUCUCUCCGAACCAUCAAAAUUGCGUCUCGACUACGCCAACAGUACAAUUGUGUCAACGCCGCGAUGAUCUCAGAAGCCGACAAUGUGGCCACGCUUUCAAGUCUUAUUACCAAGUCAAAAGAUGCAACAAGUGAAAGGGCACAGCCUGACUACGCAACUUCAGACGAAUGGAAAGGCAUCACGGCAAAAGUGAUGCAUGACCUGAACAACUCGAGCCUCAAAAUGCCCUAUGACAAGAUAUUGCCCUGCAGUAACAUGCAGGUUGCAAUGCUAGUUGAAACCGCCGCGAAAGAAGAUCAGAAUUUCAACAGAAUUUGGCUCAAGCUCGGAUCGGGUCUGACACUGCAACACUUGCGCCAGGCAUUUCAAAAGCUUUCAAGGAACAAUGAGAUCUUGCGAUCCGGAUUCGUCCCGACCGGGAGACAAGAGAUGCCCUUUGCUCAAGUCGUGUGGCGAGACCUCUCAGACGACCCUGAAUUGAGUAUUUUGCACCCCUUGAAGCUGGAAAACGCCGGAACAGAGGAUGAAAGAGAUGUCCUGGUAUGGAUUCACCAUGCGUUGUAUGAUGGAUGGUCUUGGGACUUGAUCCUAGACGAUUUGAAUGCCAUCCUCUCUGGAGAAAAUGCGCCCGUCAGGACUCAAUUUUCCGAAUUUCGCUCGAGCGAGCACGAUCGUUUAAGGUCGGAGCAGACAGAAAAUGUUGAGUAUUGGCGAAAUCAACUCCAGGACUUCAAGCCCUCAGCAUUUCCGAUGCUAACACCUGUUCGACUGGAGAGAAUACCCAGAAAAACCACAGAGUCGCCACUCGCCAUAACUUAUGAACAGCUCUCUCACUUUGCGUCAAUUGCGCGGUGCAGUCGAGAGACGAUCUUGGAGGCGGCAUGGUCACUUUUACUCUCAUCGUAUCUCGAUAAUGCCGACGUCGCGGUCGGAGUGGUUGUGGCCGGUCGCCAUUUCUCACUGGCAGGGAUCGAAUCCCUCAUUGGGCCGUGUCUCUCGUUAUUCCCUCUCCGCGUGGAUGUCAGUGCUCUAAGGACGGUACAUGAUGUCCUCAAUCACGUCCGAAGGAAACGCAACCAGUUUCUUCGACAUGGGAGCAUUACCUUACGGGACAUCAACAAUGCAGCAGGUCUCCGCCCUGGGGACAGGUUGUUCGAUACGCUGUGUGUUUGGCAACAAGACAGCGAAGUGGAUCAUAGGGAUCGUUCCAAAGUUGCAAGUCUGAGAUCACAAGAUACCUUGGACUAUGCCAUUGUGCUAGAAUUCGAACCGCGUCAAGGUCAGGUCUAUUUGAAGUUGACGUUCGACACAAACCUUAUUCCAGAAGAUCAAGCAAGGCUUAUAACUCAUCAGUUGGACAACGCUGCCUCUCGAAUCGUGAGCAACCUUGACCUUAGUCUGAACUGCUUCUGGGAAAGUUUUGACAAGAACACGUUGUCCUUGACCAACACGAGCUUCCGAAAGUUCAGCGAAGAUUUUGAUCUGACAACCACCAUCUCAAGACUUGCAGAAUCGUGUCCAGACAGAGCAGCCGUCGAAUUCGUGCAUAGUAUCGACGAGCGUACGAGCCAGGUGACGAAGGAAAUCCUCACUUAUGGAGACCUCCACAAACGCGCCCGGAUUGUCGGCCGGGUGUUACAGACUAAAUACAACGUGCAGAUUGACGAUCUUGUCUGUCUGAUAGGCCCUCGAUCGUCUCAACUCUAUAUUGGCAUCCUAGGGACCAUCAUAGCUGGGGGCGCCUAUAUGUGCAUCGACCCGCGAACGCCCGCUGCUCGAAUCCGCCAAAUUUUGAGCGAAGCCAAAUGCAGGCUUACCAUGUUUACAGAGGAUGUGCCUUUAUCGAACGAGAUAGAUGCGCCAACGCCUGUCUCCAUUGCCAGCGUGUUGGAAGAGAAUUCCACGACAAAUAUUGAUAACCACCGGUCUUUGAAAGGUGAUCAAUUAGCAUACGCUGUAUUCACGUCUGGCAGCACUGGUGUUCCGAAGGGCGUCCUCCUCAGCCGUCGAAAUUUGCUCAGCAAUCUGGAGGAGUUGUCACGUAUUUACCCCUGCGACCCCGAGACAGAUCGACUGCUUCAAGCCUGCUCACCAGCUUUCGACGUCUCAGUUUUUGAGAUCUUCUGGGCUUGGCACAAAGGUAUAACUUUGUGCACAGCGUCAAACGAUGUGCUGUUUAGAGACCUGGAAUUCUUCAUCAAACAGCUGGAUAUCACGCAUUUGAGCAUGACCCCUUCGGUAGCGGCCCUUGUUCGACCUGAUAACGUCCCAAAGGUGAAAUUGCUGGUUACUGCUGGAGAACCUAUGAACUCGAAGGUUUUCUCGGAUUGGGCCGACCGUGGACUGUACCAAGGCUACGGUCCUAGUGAGACAACAAACAUAUGUAACGUCCGGCCCAAGGUCUCGAAAUCUGACCUGCCAAAUAAUGUUGGUCCUCCGUUGCUGAACACAUCCGUCUUUAUUUGCCAAAGACAGACCCCGAAGCAGUCCGGUACCACUGAUUCAUCCAGUCACCAGUCCACCCUGCAUUUUCAGCAAGUUAUCAAGGGAGGUGUAGGUGAGAUAUGGAUCGGGGGAGAACAGGUCGGACGCGGAUAUAUCGAUCCUUUGCUGACCUCGAAGAGCUUCUUUGAUCAUCCUGAAUAUGGUCGGCUCUACCGCUCAGGCGACAUCGGAAGGCUUCUUUGUGAUGAUUCCUUAGUCGUAUUAGGUCGUGAGGACGACCAAGUCAAGCUCCGGGGACAGAGAAUUGAACUAGGAGAGGUCAAUUCCGCCUUGGUGAGGUGCAGUCAAGUUGAAGAUGCGGUAUCCCUGGUCGUUACCAGAGGAAACGAAAGUGCGAGUCUGGUUGCUUUCUGGGCACCACGCCAAUCCUACAGAACUGCAGACCCCGACGACAUGAAUGCCACCAUCUUCGAAACGUUGGCAAAUAGCUUGCCAGAUUACAUGAUACCUGAUAGCCUCAUCCACCUUGACAAGAUACCUCUGACGCGUCAGGGAAAGAUCAAUCGCUGGGAUUUGAUCACCCACUAUCAAAAUCUCAGCACAGAACAGCUCCAAGCCACUUCUAGAGGCAGCAAGCCGGCAGGUGUUGAUCAACUCUCCGAUUCCGAGAAAAUUCUUGCCCGUGUCGUGGCUGAUGCGCUUGGAGUCAAUCUUGCAAAUAUCAGCCGUACUACCUCUUUCUAUGCCCUUGGUCUGGAUUCGAUCAGCGCAAUACGCGUCUCAAGAGCACUGCGAGACCAUUAUCCUAUUGUGGAGAUAUCCUCAUUGAUGCAGAACCCAUCCAUCUCACAACUAGGGAGAUACAUUGAGAAACAUGUUCCGCAGCACAAUACAUUCAACGGCCAGAAUAAUAUGGGUCGUCUCACUGAAAAGUGGGAAGAGGAAAUCCGCAGUUUGUAUUCGCGGGCUGGCCUGGAAGUCGAGAGGAUCCUUCCCUGUACCCCUCUACAAGAAUCUAUGGUCAUCAGCUCGAUAAAUACUUCUUCUCGAGCCUAUCGGAACACUCUGCGCUUCAACGUCAGUGGCAGCGUCCCGAGGUUACGACAUGCCUGGGAGGACGCAUUAGCAAGACACCAGAUCCUUCGUACAGGCUUUGUUGCAACUGACUCCGCUGAUUCUCCUUUUGUGCAAGCAGUCUUGCAGAAUUUCCAGCUUCCCUGGCUCGAAGAAGACACCCAACAGUUGAGCUAUGGUUUGGAUGGUCUCAUGGUCCCGCCAUGGAGCCUUGAGGUCAGAGGGAAGACAGAGCUAAUCCUGAGAAUGCAUCACUGUCUAUACGAUGCAGAGGCAAUGACAGUUCUGUUAGACGAGAUUCAAUCCCUGUACCACGGUCACCAACUGGCUCCGACAACCCCCUUCGAUAGCUAUCUGUCGUUCAUGGAGAUGUCGAACACGGAUGAUACAUAUGAUUUCUGGCGGAGAAAGCUACAGGGAGCUACAUUAUGCAAACUAAGUGAAGCCAUAUUGCCUGAGGACAAGGCUGCUCCUGACACUCAUUUGUUGGUUGAACGGAGGUCUACGAUUCAGGAUAUCUGCUUUGGAAAUGUCCUUAGCGGUCGGAACCUUCCUAUCGACGGUGUGGAGACGAUGGUCGCUCCAUGCUUCAACACAGUUCCAACCAGAGUACAAUUGUGGCCAGACGAAUCGAAUCAAGAAUUGUGUAAUUCCUUUCAGCAGAUAAAUGUCGAGAUUCUACCACGUCAGUCGAGCUCGCUUCGUCGAAUCCAGCGAGCAGUAGACACCCAAGGCAGAACGUUAUUUGAUACACUUCUUCUGCUCCAACAAGACGGACUGCGGCUCGACCAUCAGGUUUGGACUCUGGUUGAGGAAUCAGGGGAUAUGUCUUUCCCGUUCAUACUUGAGAUCACGAUGGAUUCACAGGCUGAUGCCAUCAUCCUGAGACUGCACUCUGAAGUAGCUGAGAAGAAGAUACUCGGUCGAUUUCUGGACAUAUACGACGCCCUUCUCAUCCACACGGCCAGAUAUCCGCAGUCAAGAACAUUGGAUCAUUCAUUCAUUGCUGGCAUGUUGCCACGACUGCAGGCUUCUACGCCAUUCACUGUUCUUGCCUCCCCACCACCCACAGACUCCUUUGAUGCGCCGGGGCACAUCAAUGAAACACUGUCUCGAACGGAAACAUUGGUGAGGGACAUACUCGUCCAAUUGAAUCCUGGUUUGCAUUCAAAGAUCUUCAGAGACACGACAAUAUUCAGUCUUGGCUUCGACAGCAUUAAUGCCGUACAGAUUGCAGCAAGGCUGCGGAAAAGCGGAUUCGACAUAUCGACUGGAGCUAUUUUGGAAGCUGCAAGCCUCGGAAAUAUCGCCAAAAUAUGCGAUUCAGGGACGCCACGAGAGUCCAAGCAUCCGACUUUUGACCUUGAUUCCUACGAAAAGCGUUGUCGCCGGUCUAUCUGUCAGAAUAACGGCCGAGACGAGACUCAUGUCCAGGCCAUAUGGCCCUGCACACCUACUCAAUCAGGGAUUAUUUCGCAGUUCCUCCGAUCGAAUUACACGCUCUACCUCAAUCACAUGCAUUUCAGCUUGAAUAAAGACGUGUAUAUACCAAGAUUAAAACAUGCAUGGUAUCUUGCUAUGCAAAGACACGCAAUGCUAAGGACUGGUUUCGCUGAGACCGACGAUCCCCAGACUCCAUUUGUCAUGAUAACCUAUCUACCAGAUGCAGUACAGCUACCUUGGGUUGACGAGUUAGUGCAAAUACCCCAGGAGAGAGGUGAAACCAAAUCAAGAAACAUGGACAAUCUCACUCAACCACCAUGGCUCAUUCGGGUGACCAAAAAUGGCUCCGCUCUGAACCUUGAACUAUCCAUGCUGCACGCUCUGUACGAUGCACAUUCUCUAGAUAUCAUAUUGGCCGAUGUUGCACGUGCGUAUGCGGGUUUCGAGUUCCCCGUGGGUGUUUCUCUUGCUCCAGUCGUCUCGAAAAUCUUAGGCUUGAGCAGAGACGAAAGUUCCAAGCCAUUCUGGUUGGAAGUAUCGACUGAUAUGUGCUCAACUCGGUUUCCAGAGUUGGGGGUCUACAAUCAAGAGGUUGACAACUAUUGCGUCGCGACUCGGCAGUGCAGUCUGUCUCUAAAAACCCUCGAGGAUGCAUGCGCAAAUGCUGGAGCAACAAUGCAAUCUUUGGUUGCUGCAGCUUGGUCUGUAUUACUUUCGGCAUACACUGGCCAGGAUCAUGUCACAUUUGGUGUCAUCCUUUCCGGUCGGGAUUUCGAGGAAGAGGAAAACAAGGCAGUGUUCCCUUGUAUCAACACCGUCCCGUUUGCGAUGAGACUCUCUCAAGACAGGAGUGAUCUUUUACAAUCAGCCGUUAGGCGAUGCGCUGGUAUAUUGAAACACCAGCAUACUCCACUAAGCUCGAUCAAGCGUUGGGUGCAGGCUGAAGGCGAUCUGUUCGACACUGUGAUCGUUCUGCAAAAAUACGAUGCAGACGAAGGCCCAAAGAGGCCGUGGACGCUCGCCAAAGACGAUGCAACUGCCGAAUAUAUACUCUCCUUGGAGCUCAUACCCCAAGAGAACGACGUGUUGAAUCUUCAGGCAACUUUCCGUAAACAGGUGAUACCAGCAGAUCAAGCCGUGUAUAUCCUUCAAGAAUUCGAAGAGCAGAUGAAAGUCCUGCUCGCACAAACGACAUCUAAAUCGACGCUCCCGAAAUCUGUCCUGUCGAUCGUGCCUGCAAAAGAAGAACGGAUUCCGACCACGGUUCGCUACAUGCAUGAAUUUGUGGAGCGGACAGCAAGAGAGAAACCAAACAAUGUUGCCCUGGAAUUUGUGCAAAGCAUUCCCAGGAACACCCCUACGAAGCAAACUUGGACUUAUGCCCAGUUGGACUCGAAUGGAAACAAAAUCGCUCGACUGAUCCAGAGCAAAGGGAUAGAAGUUGGAAGUCUCGUGGCUGUUUGUUUUGAUAAAUGUCCCGAAGCCUCCUUUGCAAUAUUGGGGGUUCUCAAAUCAGGAUGCGGUUACAUUGCGAUCGAUCCCGGGGCACCAACUUCGAGAAAGGAAUUCAUCCUCCGCGAUUCUGGCUGUGGAAUUGUCCUCACAACUGGCGACAAGGUAUCGGAAUUUGACAGCAUUCCAGGCGUUUGUAGUUUCGCCAUUGACAAUGCCAGUUGGAAGGAGUUCUCGAGCAAAAAGCCUUCACUUUCGAAGGAACUGCAAGUACAAGACGUCUGCUACUGUCUGUACACCUCGGGAACUACAGGAACACCCAAAGGAUGCUUGAUCAGCCAUGACAGCGCAGUCCAGGCAAUGUUGUCUUUCCAGCGGAUUUUCGAUGGUAGAUGGAAGGAAUCAUCUCGGUGGCUGCAGUUCGCGUCCUUUCAUUUCGACGUCAGUGUGCUUGAACAAUACUGGAGUUGGAGCACAGGCAUCAUCGUAACUUCGGCACCCCGAGAUCUCUUGUUCGAGGAUCUUCCAGGGACUAUCAACGCCCUCGAGAUAACUCAUCUCGACCUGACCCCCAGUUUGGCAAGGCUACUCACGCCCAAAGAAGUGCCGAAUCUAUGCGAGGGAGUCUUUAUCGUUGGCGGUGAGCAAGUCGGCCAGGAUAUCUUGGAGACCUGGGGCGAUACAGGUUGUCUUUACAAUUUCUAUGGGCCAAGUGAAGUGACAAUUGGUUGCACAGUACACCGGCAAGUACCCAAGAAUGCGAAACCAACCAAUAUUGGUCAACAAUGGGACAAUGUAGGCUCUUUCGUUUUGGAGCCCUCGUCGCAGACUCCUGUUCUUCGCGGGGCCAUCGGCGAGCUUUGUUUGUCUGGCCCUCUUGUUGGAAAGGGAUAUCUCAACCGACCCGACCUUACAAAAGAGAAAUUCGUAACGUUGGCUGAAUAUGAUACGAGGGUUUACCGAACUGGUGAUCUCGUCCGUCUCCUGCAUGAUAACAGCUUCGAAUUUCUGGGCAGAAUCGACGAUCAGGUCAAGUUGCGUGGGCAGCGCUUGGAAAUCGGGGAGAUCAAUCAUGUCGCUCUCAGUGCGGAUAGUCGCGUCAAGGACGUGGCUACCAUGGUCUUGAAGCAUCCAACACAACAGAAAGAUCAGCUCGUGACUUUCUUCUCCACGGCUCACAGACGGGCAAAGAACGAGAAACCAUCGAUUGUAACUAACAAGGAGACUCAGGCCCUGGCUGCAAAGAUUCGAUUGAACUGCUCUGACAAAUUGCCAGCGUACAUGGUGCCCUCACACAUUCUUGCAGUCUCAUCUCUUCCCUUAUCAGUCAACAAUAAAGUUGAUCAGAAAUCGCUGAAAGCGAUCUAUGAGGAGCAUCUGCCUGGUUCAGCGCAAGACGAAUCCGACAGAAAUGUUUUGACGCAAGAAGGCCUUCAGCAUUACAAUGAGAUAGCCAGUGUGCUAGCAUCUUUCUUGCGAAUCCAAAUAUCAGACAUCAAGCCAAGUUCGAGACUAUUCGAACUCGGGCUGGACUCCAUCUCAGCCAUCGGUCUCGCUAGAGCGCUCAAGCGGCAGGGAUUCCAGAACGCGGAAGUGGGAACGAUCCUGAAGCACUCUGUCGUCCACGAUCUUGCUCGAGUCAUUACGCGGGAGGCCACUUCACAUCAGAACGACAUCGUGGACACUGCUCGCCAGAAAAUCCAAUCGUUCAGUAACGUCCAUACUGGAAAAAUUGCACAAUGUAUGAAUGUCUCCCUAGAAAGCAUUGAGUGCAUCGCACCUUGUACGCCACUACAAGAAGGCAUGAUUUCCAGGGUAAUGCAGGCCGACCCUGACGAUACGGUUUAUUUCUCCUGCUUCCUCUUUCAACUCGAUUCGAACACCGAUAUACAGCGACUGAAAAGUGCGUGGGAUGCCUCUCAGCGGCCAAUUUCUAUCCUCAGGACAUUCUUCGUACCAACAGAAGAUGGCUUUGCUCAAGUUGUGCUGCGCGAAACCGACAGUGCGGUGAAGAUCGUCAGCGAAGCCAGAAAUGGCAACGUUCACAAGUUCGAGAAGUCCUCUUUCAGAGACUGGGUCAGAUCUGCAAGGUCUCUAUUUACGUGUUUGCCCUGGACUGUUCAAUUGGGAAAGUCCGGAGAUGGUGGCUUCAUGAUGCUCCAGAUCUUUCAUGGACUUUAUGAUGGAAGCAGCCUUCCAAUACUGCUCAAGCAAGUCAAGCAGCGGUAUGAGCACCCAGAGGAGACUUGGAAGCCGAAAAUGCAAUUCUAUCAAGCCUUGCCCUAUGGACCACUGUCUCAGCUGCCAGACGAGAAGGAAUUCUGGCUGUCACACCUCCCUCGCAUCCAACCUCACAAGCUGCCAUUGGUCCAUACCGAGCUUGAGACAGAUACUCAUGCUGUCAUCUUGAGGCAUCAUCUAAGCAUUGGCCAUUUGCAAACCUUGUGCAAUGAAUUGAACGUCACAGUCUCGGCCUUUUUCCAGGCCAUGCUACUCUAUGUGAUGCAGAGAGAAUUCAACUCCAGUCCGACAAUAGGAGUGGUAGUCUCAGGCAGAGCCACAGCCACAGAAGAGAUAGAGGAUGUGAUCGGCCCAAUGUUCAAUACCCUGCCAUGUGCCAUCAAUUCUCUCGCCAAUGGUGCAGCAGUCUCGGAUCUCGUCCGCGCGUGCCAUCAGUUCAAUGUUGAUAUCAUUCCGUAUCAACAUACACCUCUGAGGAAAGUUGUUCACUUCCUUGGACUAAGUGCAAGCCAGACUCUGUUUGACACGUUAUUUGUUUUCCAAAAGACAUCACCGGAUGUCGAGGACAGCGCCUUCUGGCGCGAGAUUCCAACAGACAGCUCGCCAGAUUAUCCGCUGAAUAUCGAGGUAGAGCAGAGAGGCUCCGAGUUCGACGUCACCCUAGUCGCGAGGCCGCAAUACUUGGACAAGAAAAGCGCCAGUCGGCUGUUAAACAUGUAUCUUGACGUUGUUCGCAGACCGGAAGAGAUGACCGCAAUCCUGCCCCCGGACUUUUGCCUAUCACAGGACUCCAGGACCCCAAGCGGAGAUCAUAAAGCGGACUUGACAGUCUCGAAUCAUGUUCAUGAAGACAACGAUACCGCAUUGAACGACACAGAGACAAUCAUUCGCUCGGAAAUGGCCAAGCUCGCCUCUGUGGACGAAAGGAUGAUUCACCGUCACAGGCCAACGAUCUUCGAACUAGGCUUGGACAGUAUAGAAGCAAUGAAGCUCGCAGCUCGCGUCAAGAACAAGGGUCUGAGAGUGGCUGUGAGUGCCAUCAUGCGGUCGCCAACCGUCGCAGGGAUUGCUACGGCGGUUACAUCAAGCAUGGAAACCCAGGCCGAAACAGAAAGUAGCGGAAAGGCGUCUUUCAUUAAGGAACGCCAGAGCAGCUAUAAACGUAUGCUACAGAGCCAUGGUGUCGAACUUGACAACGUACAAGCCGUCUUUCCGGUCACACCGAUGCAGGAAGGCCUGCUCCUGGAAUCUGACAAGUAUCUCAAUGUCAUGACUUUCGAAUUAGCUGCAGACGUUGAUCUGAAGCGACUGAUAAAAGCGUGGGAAACAGUCGCCCGGACAGAGCCAAUCUUGAGAACGCGCUUUGCUGUCGUCGAGUCUCCAAAUAAAAAUACGGCUUUUCUCCAAUAUGCGGUGAAGGAUGGAAGUGAGGUGACAGUCCUUGACGAGAAGCUAAAUGAUGUGGUCCAAAACCUCAAAAACGUUCCAGAUGAGCAACAACUGGUCGAUCAAAGGACUGGUAUCGCUAUUGUCCGUGAUGAAACUGCCUCAUUUCUUGUUCUUGCCAUGCCGCAUGCCUUGUACGACGCCUGGUCAUUGCACUUACUGCACCAGGAGGUGAUCGAGACCUACCAGUUCCCGCAUUGCAGAGCCCAAGGAGCAGCACUGGAUCAAUAUAGGGAGCACCUCGAGGAGAUCAUCACACAAGCCGAGAGCUCAAAGGCUCGUGAGUUCUGGGAGUCUCAACUGCUGGAUAUCCAACCCACCACUCUACAAGCGGCCCUCGAUGAUCACAGUCACCACGGCUCCGCGUUUUUGUUGCGCAAGCAGUCCACGACCAGCUUAACCAAUGCCCUCGACUUCUGCAGGCAGCAAGGAGUGACGCUCCAGACUUUGGGCCUUGCAUGCUGGACAAUGGCACUUAUUCACUAUACCGGCCAGGUGGAUGUAUGCUUCGGGCUUGUUCUUUCCGGGCGCACAACCGAGGGCUCGGAUCAACUGAUCUUCCCAACAUUCAACACUGUCGCCUUCAGACCUCACAUUCAAGAGAAUAUGACCAAGGCAGAGGCAAUCCGGAGAGUGCAUGACGCAGUUGUGCGGGUCUCGGAAUAUCAGCACUUUCCACUACGUGAGGCUCUUCGUCUGGCACGAGGACAAGGGGUGAGUGAAGAUUUAUUCGAUACUUUAUUCACCUUUCAAAAACUUCCAACUGUCGAACAUGAGCUUCCAGCAUUGUACAACGAAGUCACGCCCGACGAGACAGCCAUCACACCGCCAUAUCCUGUCAAUGUUGAAUUAGAAGGCGAUGCAAAGGGUCUGAUCUGGACUGUUGCAUGUCAAAAUGGAGUUUGCAGCCAAGAAUUUGGACAGGCAGUACUGGACAAGCUGGAUAUCAUCCUGGCAGCUCUAGUGAGAAAUCCUGACCAAGACCUUCUGGGCAAAGAAGGCGGAAAGGUGUCAAUAUGCGGUCUCCCAGGAGUAGAUCUAAUCCGCAGCAAGGGCGACAGGCCAAGGAAGACGUCUCACAUUGUUCAAGAUCAGCAGCAGUCCCACAGACCAGAAGACUGGAGUCCAACCGAGGCUGCCAUUAGGGAUGUCCUUGCAAAGGUAUCCCACUUGGACAGAGAGUGCAUUCAAAAGAAUACGGGCCUCUUCCACCUCGGGCUGGAUAGCGUCAGCGCCAUCAAAGUUGCUACUCUGCUCCGAAAAGAGGGCAUUAGGCUUCCAGUGAGCGCGAUCAUUAGAGCACAGACGGUUGAAAAGAUGGCCGUGGCUGCUGAACAGCUCCAACGCGCAGGUCAGGAGACGGCCCGUGCGCCUAACGGGUUUGCGGAGAGCUUGUUGGUUCCCGAGAACAUUAAGGGGGGCCUCACAAUACCAGAGGAGGAUCUCGAAAGGAUCAUACCAUGUACCGCGGGUCAAACGUACAUGCUUGAUAUGUGGAGAGCAAGCAAUGGGCGCUUGUUCUUCCCCAUUUUCUGGCUGAAAGCGUCCCGUGUUUCGCUGGAGGAUUUGAGGCAGGGAAUGAAAAGGCUUGUUAACGAAGUUCCGAUACUGAGGACUUUGUUUAUCCACAACAGUGAUGGUGGAUGGCCAGAAACAUUUCAAGUGGUCGUCAAGAGCGAGGCAGUGGAAAAGUAUGGCUUCCCCUGGGCAGUGCAGUUCGACCUUGGAGGAGAUGAGGUACUGGUUACACUUCGCAUCCACCACGCCUUGUAUGAUGCUGUGAGUCUCCAGCUGCUGAUCACACGACUUGAGAGAUUGUGUGCUGGUACCGCACAGACCAAGCUCAACACGGAUAUGAGCACUCUGAUCUCGAACAACCGAGCAUCUCGGUCGAUGGCUCAAGAAUUCUGGACGCGUUAUCUCGGUGAAGGUGAAGGUACGCUUCAACCCAUGGGUCGGGGUUCAUUCGCAGCAAGGCGCGUGGAGAGAUUCCGUCCAAAACUUGUGCCGCUCGAGGGAUUGAUCGAGCAGCUAAAGUACCAUGGCCUCAGCAUUCAAGCACUCUUCUUCGCCGCAUAUGCCAGGAUUUACGAGGGUAUACGUCGCCACCUGGGUACUGAGCAACCCGCCACAAAUGCCAAAUCGGAUGUUGUGAUUGGGAUCUACCUCGCAAACCGGUCGCUCGACAUCGACGGGAUCAUGGAACUAGCUGCUCCGACAUUCAGCAUCGUUCCUUUAAGAAUUCGAUCUGGGGAGACCCUUCUUCAGUCGGCUUUACAGAUCCAGCAUGAUCUGGGCGAAAUCACGCGGCCAGAGAACUGCGGAGUGGAUAUGAGGGACAUUAAUACGUGGACUGGAGUCAAGCUGGACACGUUUGUCAAUUUCUUAUCCCUCCCAAGUGAUCAGGAUUCGUCAUCGUCUGGAGACCAAACGAGCACCGUUCGAAUCACCCAUGCGGAAACUUCGGGGAAGAAGGAUCAAUUUGAGGAGGUUGAUGCGCCGUCGCCUUUUAUGGACGGCAUGGAGUGUGAUGCAGAUAGCACGAAGUGGUGCUUGCCUGCUAUUGAUAUCGAGGCUAGAGUUGAAGACGGGUACCUAGACAUGGGUGUCUUUGCCCCAGAAGACAUGCUUUCGGAGGACGAGGUCAGGAGGGUCAUGGAUGAGAUGAGGAGGUUGAUGCUGGACUUUUGUUAG